UAUGGACACCAAGUCAGGAGAUAAGGUAGGAUGUGAUAGAGAGGGUAUGGUUCAUACUUCAUAGUUCAUACUUCAACAAAAGCUUCAAGAAAUGGCAGCCAAUGUGACUCUGUCCUCUCCUUUUCCCUGCAAAACUUCAUUUCUCCCAAAAUCACCAUCAUCACUUUCUCCACUUUUCUAUGCCCCUUUCUCCCACAGAAACACACCAAAUGUUGUUGCUCUCAAAGUUCAUGCAAAACUCGGUGGUGGAGAUGAAGAAGGCAAGAAAGGAGGGAAGAAGAAAUUCAUAACAAGGGAUGAAGAGCCGCAACAGUAUUGGCAGACAGCAGGAGAAAGGGAAGGAGAGAAUCCAAUGAAGACACCGCUUCCUUACAUCAUCAUCUUUGGUAUGUCAACUCCUUUUGUGAUCUUAGCCAUUGCUUUUGCUAAUGGUUGGAUUAAGGUUCCUGUUCGGUGAUACAUCAUACUCAUACUCAUACUCAUACUCCUACCACUUGAGAACCCUCGGAUUGUAAAAUUAAUAAGAGACUUCUCUAUUAGAUAUUUUCAUUCCUUUCUUAUUGUAACAGAUGAAUCACACAAAGUGUUUGGAUCGUUUAUAUGGAUACUUUUGCUAUUUGAUUUA